GAGAGAGCGCGCGCAGGAGAGAGAGAGAGGGAGAGAGGAAAGUGUCUUGGCGCGCGCGGAGACGCGCUCUGAGCAGAUGUAGUGGAGCGCCGGUUUCGCGCGGGGCUGUGGAUGGGCAUGUCGGGGGUAGUCGGGAUGUCCGGGAUGAGUAACAGCUCUUUGGCGGCGCUCUCGCGGCUGCACGCGCUGAACCUGAGCGCGCUCUGGAACUUGUCCGCCGAAGCCGAGCCGCGGUACCGCGCGGACUCCGAGCGACCCGCCGUGAAAGCGCUGCUCGCGGCUGCUUACUCGAUCAUCAUCAUCAUCUCACUGAUCGGAAACACAGCCGUGUGCCACGUGGUGAUGAAGACCAAGCGCAUGAGAUCCGUCACCAGCAUCUUCAUAGUGAACCUGGCCGUGGCGGACAUCCUCAUCACCAUCCUCAACACACCCUUCACCCUGGUACGAUUUGUGUACAGCACAUGGGUGUUUGGCAAGGCAAUGUGCCACGUGAGCCGCUUUGCCCAGUACUGCUCGGUGCACGUGUCUGUGCUCACACUCGUCGCUAUUGCCAUAGACAGACACCAGGUAGUGAUGCACCCGAUGAAGCAGAGGAUGUCGUGGCUGCAGGGCGUGGUGUGGGUCGCAGUGAUCUGGGUGAUGGCGUCGUGUUUCUCUCUACCGCACGCCAUCUACCAAACACUACUACGCUUCGAGUUUGGUGACAGAAAGGUGAGAAUGGUUUGCCUGCCCAAUUUCCCCCACCCGUCUGAUCUCUUCUGGAAGUACCUGGACCUCACCACCUUCAUCCUGCUUUUCGUGUUGCCCCUGGCGACAAUCUCUGUGGCCUACAUUGUUGUGGCGAAGAAGGUGUGGAUGCGCAAUGCCAUCGGAGACGUGACACUGGCCCAGAGCAUGGCCCACCGGCGGAGGAAGAAGAUGACCAUGAAGAUGCUGAUGGCAGUGGUGGUGGUGUUUGCCGUCUGUUGGUUCCCACUCAACUGUUACGUUGUGCUGCUGUCCAGCAAAGUCAUCGAGGCCAAUAACGGCCUCUACUUCACAUUCCACUGGCUGGCCAUGAGCUCCACCUGCUACAACCCCUUUAUCUACUGCUGGCUCAACCACAGCUUCAGGGCCGAGCUUAGGUCCCUACCGUUUAUCGGACGCAGGGGCAAAGUCACGGCCAACCCGGCACCCUGAGAGAAGCGCUGCCUGAUUUACUUUUAACUCGUUAUCUCUAACUGUGUUGGAUUUGUCCAGCUGCACACAUCACUCUUUGAACACUCUUUGUGCUGCUGUUGGCAACACACUACCUGAACAGCUGUGGCAUUAGCUAGGCUAACACUGCUAGCAUGCUGUAUAGCUAGUAAGCUACUAAGCAAAUUAGCUGAUAAUUCAUGUCCACAAGAAGCUCUGUUGCUUACUAGCUACUAGCUAAUAACAUGCUAACAUGCUCUUUAAGUUCUUCGGGCACCUCUAGCUGUUAAGCUAGCUACUUAAUUAAGCUAGUUCUAGCUUGAGAACCACAAGA